ACUUUUACUUCAGUUUUCUGCCAUCCAAAAGGUUGUCCUCCGUCUCUGUAGUAAUCUCCCAUGGAUGAUCCCAAACAGACACUGAUCUUCACCUACGGCACGCUCAAGCGCGGCUUCCAGAACCACACGCUAAUGCACGACUUAAUCUCCCACAACGACGCCGUUUUCCUUGGGACCCAUCUCACCCUCCAAUCCUACCCUCUCGUCUGCGGGCCCCACGGGAUUCCCUAUCUCAUCAACCUUCCUGGGCCGGGCCACCGUAUCCGCGGCGAGCUCUACUCCGUUACGGGCCGAUGCCUGGCCCGCCUCGACGACCUCGAGGGCAUCGCCAUCGGCCACUACGAGCGCCUCCCGAUUCGUGUCGUCCGGGAGCGGGACGGUGCCGUUUCCGAGGACGACCAAGACGGCGUCGUUUCGGAUGCCGAGGCCUACUUCGCGCACCGGAGCUUUGGGGAGGCACUGUGGGAGAGGAACCGGAGGGAGGGUCUAAGCGAGUAUUCCGAGACAGAGGGACGGAGGUAUGUGAAAAGACAGGAUAGGCCUCAUCAGGGUCGGGGCAUUCUUGAGGAUGUUUGGCUUUUUGUGGCUUCUUCACCGUUGGAUGUGACGGAGGUAUGUGAAAGGACAGGAUAGGCCUCACCAAGUUGUUAUAUUUGCAAAACAUAGUAGUUUUCACGCAUCAUUCCUACUCCAGUUUUAGGUUACAAUUGGUUGAUGAUUGCGGAAAAUCGCAUUCUUAAGAAAGACGUGUAUAUGUUUAUGUGUGUGCGCCAGCAAAAAAUAAAAAAGGAAGUUGCCGAGA